UCUUUAGAGGCUUUUCUGCACUUAUGGCGUCGGCUGCCAAAAAAAGGAAAAUGAAUUUCUCGGAGAGAGAGGUGGAGAUCAUUGUGGAGGAAAUAGAGAAGCAGAAGCACACACUGGUUAACCACUUCAAUGCCGGAGUCACCCACAUGGCUAAGAAUAACGCCUGGGUCGACAUCCUCCGCAAAGUCAACGCCGUCACCACCUGCCCCCGAGAGUUGCCCGAGGUCAAAAAGAAGUGGUCCGACAUGAAGACGGAGGUGCGGCGGAAGGUCGCGCAGGCGCGCGCCGCCAUCGAGGGCACGUCCGCCGACUGCGCCACGGUUCCCGUCAUCCUCAGCGCCAUGCAGCAGAGGAUCUGCAACCUGCUGGGGGAGGCCACCAUCAUCAGCCUCCCGGCCGGAGACUCGGAUGCUGAGCUGACGCUCCCGGUGACGGUGAGCGCCGGCGCCGCGGUCGCGCUGGCGGAGGCUCUUCCGGCUGGUCCGGUGUGUGAUGACCCAAAGGCUCUGAAUGCUGAAACCACGUACCACAACAUCCCCCUGGAGGACGGCAGCGUGGUGGAAUACUGCACCACCACUGUCAAUGACGCCACCCCCGCCGUCAUGGCGACCGUUGAGACUCCGGUGGAGAUGCUGGCCUCGUCCUCCGCCUCGCCGCCGCCGCCUGCGAGUCAGGCCAAACCUCAGGAACUGAAGAGCCGCAUCGCCCUGAACUCCGCCCGCCUGCUGCAGGAGCAGCGGGUGACAAACGUCCACAUCCGGCAGAUCGCUCAGCACCUGGAGGGCCAAAACGAGCUGCUGCAGAUGAUGCGGCGCUCCCAGGAGGCCCAAGCGCUGGCCCAGGAGCGGCAGGCGCAGGCCCUGGAGGGCACGCAGGCCGCCAUGAUCGCGUUGGUGCAGAUGCUCAGACCCGCGCUGAAAGACCUGCGCCGGUUCCUGCAGAGCGGCUCUGAGGCCGCAAACGUUUGCAGCUCAACGACCGGAGGGAAAGCGGAGGAAGGGCGAGAGGACCACAGAGCCAAAACUCCCCCUCCUCUGCAGCCGGCGGAGGACGCGCAGUAGUCUGCGUCCCAGAGGCGACACGGGUGCCUGAGACGCUGCAGGAUGGACGGACGACGUGGACGGCUGAUUGGGUCAAAAGCCCCCCCCCCCCCCGGCAGCGGACGCCCCCCCUUUGGUCAGGACUGUGGACGCAGCAAACCGGACGGGUGUCACUUGUUGUUGUGGCUGCUACAGACUUUCCUCCAAACCUUUUUUAGAAGCCGGUUUUAGCUUCAUGGUUGACUUUUAAAAAAAGGAAAUCCAUUUUUAGUUUUUUGAAUUUACAACCUUUAUUAAAAAGAGGUCAUGUUGACACAUCUUUUGUUGGCCAAAUAUGAGAACAGAAACCCACAGGUGUUCAUAUUCAGUGACAAAAGAAGCGACUGCUGCGUUGUGAGAAUCGAACGAGCGGCUGGACGGCAGCGUGUAGCACCGCUGCACGGGAUCCCCGCCUCAUCCAGUGGGGGUCCUUGGAGACCCCUCACACUGCUGCCUAACCAUGUAGCCACACGGGGGCCCACGUCUGGGUCUCCCUGUGCCGGUCCCCAGCCCGGAUAAAAGACGAGGUUGUGUCAGGAAGAGCUUCUGAUUGGCUGUGGCGACCCCUGAAGAUGGACUGUAAGGUGAGGAAGUGAUGGCGGCGGAUUUAACCCAUUUAUGGACCACAGACGGGCGUUUCAGGGAGCUGGACUCUGGACCCCAGAGGGGUUUCUGUGCUGACAUGGACUCUAUGGUCACAGAAGCAGAUAAAAAAGUACAGCAUUGUUCAAGACGGUUGAGGUCCUGAUCUACAUCCACCAGUUUUUAUUUUAUGGGUUUGACAUUUCAGAUUUAUGCAAUAAAGUCUUUGAUUUAUUGAACAUGAA